GUUGCGUUCUGUGGGGAUAGUGUUCAGGUUGCCUCAGUGAUUAUACAAGAGAGUGUUAGCGAACCAGCAGAAGUAGAAAACUGUAUGAAAAAAUUAAAAUCACAUGAAUUAUCUGAAAAAAGAUCAGUAGCUUUUAUGUAUGCUUGUGUUGGACGUGGUGAAAUGCAUUACAGUGCUCCUAAUGUGGAAUCCUCAAUUUUUCGUAAACAUUUUCCAAAAACACCGAUAUUGGGAUUAUUCGGAAACGGUGAAAUAGGA